AUGGCCCGUCGUGCUCCCCAGAGAGUUACCGCCGAAAGCGCCGCGCCCUCCUCAGGCAGCCGUGCCUCCCCGCAGAAUCCGCCCAGACGACAUGUUGCGUCCCGACGGUCGCGACGACAAACUACUCUGACACAGUACGAAAGGGGAAUACCAUUUGCUGCGUGUACAAUAGAGGACUCGGAAGAUGAAUUUGACGAGCCGCGUCCCAAGAAACGGAGCCGCCGAUCUACCCUACCUGGGAAGACCGAGUCGCAGAAUACCCUCACGCAAAUUGGAUGGAUCUCCACUAUUCCACCGUCAGAUAGCGAAGAGAAUGAAGGGUCCAGUGAAGCUAGCGGUGCGGAAGAACUGGGUGACAACUCACCAUCAGAUGUGGGAGACGAUGGUGGCGUAGCUGGGCCAGCUUCAGACGAGGAAUUCAAUGGAUUUUCUGAUGGCGAAGGAAUCGCACCAACAGAUGCUGAAGCUGAUGGACAUAAGACUAAGCAAAAAACGCAAGGGAUUUGUGAAGAGACGAGCACACAUGAGACACCAUGGGAAAGAGCACAACCAGAACCUCGACCUGGCAGUGAUAUCCCUGGGAAGGGGCAACAACUCCCGCAUACGCCACGCAAGGUCCGCCUGUUAGAGGUCCCAUCUUCGCAGUCUCCACCUGUUACUCCACUUUCAGCCAUUCACACGCAUGAGCGACGGAGAUUGUUAAGGUCUCCAUUGCGGUCACUCUCCACGAAUCCUCAAAGCCUCUUGGAUUCUCCUUCGAGGACACCAAAACCCAUAGCGGGAUCGAUACGUCGAAGCACAAGGAAGGUGGUUGCAUUCAAGGAUCAACUUUCGAGCUCCGUAAGUAAGCACCAUCCACACUCGCCGGUAUCGAGUGGGGUCGCGGACAGCGAGGAUGAUUUCAACGACGAAGAAGAAGAGGACGGAAAUGAAGAGAUGGCCGAUGCCGUUGCUGGAAUAGACAUCGGCCAAGAAACACAAGCCUACAUUCGCCGCAUCGACUUCAAUUGCAUCUCCGCGAGAGCUACAGGAGAGCCCGAAUCCAGCCAAGACAGUGCACAGGAGGACCGCCAUUCUCCUCCAAAACACGGCUCCACCAACAGAUUCCUCCACUUCGAGGAGAGAGCCCCUCAACAUCCGCAAGCACCGCCUAGACAACCAGCACCAGCAUCGUCACAAGAAGCGCCACCAACGACCCAUCUCUCUGCUCCCACUUCCCUACGAAUGCCAGCGAUCAAGCAAGAGGCUGAAAGCCCGCGGCAGCAACAGCUCCAGGACACCACACAAGACCGGAAUCUACCCCACUUCUCCUCCCCCGUUCGACACUCCCAAGCCUCCUCCACCACCGCCACCCCCACGCAAGCGUCUCCUCGCCCUCCCACCAGACCAGACACUCCUGAAGUCCCUUCCUCGCCGCCGCCGCAAUCAUCCCACCUACCCGAGACCUGCUGCAGUCACGUCUCGGCCGAUGACCAAAUUCCGCCUUCGCAGCCCACGCAGCUGCACCUCAAGCAGAUACUGCUGCAGCCGGUGACGCAGACGCAAACACAAGAUCAGGACGUGGGAGAGUGGGACAGGGUGCCUGAUUCGCAGGGAGGGGAGCAGCAUGAGGAGGAUCAGAAAGAGGUGGCAGUCGGGCGAGUAACGAGGAGAGACGCUGUAGAGGGUCUGGUGACGGCAACGCAGAUGAUGCAGCAGGGGUUGGUGGGAGAGGAAUUCUCGCUGCCGCCGCCGCCGCCAUGGUCGCAGACGCAGACACAAGAAACUGAGGAUGAGGACUAA